GAAAGAAGAACAAGAACGGGGCGACGCAAUGGCAAUUCCUCUUUCUCCGGUCGUUCGUGGGCAUUUUGCGAGAAAACUUUUCGCCGCAUUUAAAAAACAUUUAAACGAAGAAUGCGAACGGCAUAAGGAUUGGAUUUAAGGGCUAGCGAGUGAUGAACAACCAGCGAUAUGGCGGCAUCCAGUGGAUACAGCACCACGUCUCCGCGGGCGACUCCUCCGAGGUGGACAUCCUGGAGUCGGACGGCGGAGCGGGGGCGACGGGCGAGGAUCUGGACCAUAUGGCGGCCGAGAAUCUGAUCUUCAUGGCGCGCGACGGCCAGCUGAGCGAGAUAAUGGCGGCCAACGAGGCCGGCGGAACGGUCCUGGUGACCGCCGAUGGCACCACGGUGGCCUAUGCGGAAUCCUUCGACGAUGACGCGCAGGUGGUCACCGAGGAGGUCAUCACGGACGACUGGGUGCAGCACCAAGGUGCCGAGCGUGUGGAAAUCGCCGCGGAGCAGAUAGCCGGGAUUAGUAGCUCCCAGGAGCUGCUGGACAUGGAGCAGGAUGAGUACACCGCCCUCAGGCCAUAUCCCUGCGACUUCUGCAGUCGGCGCUUUCGGAAGAAGGCCACGUUGAAUAACCACAUGCUGGCCCACCAGAAUGAUCGACCGCAUCUCUGCAAGCUGUGCGGAGCGCGCUUCUCUCGGCGGGCGGAGCUUAUCAGUCACUUCAAGGCCCACGCAGAGGCCCAGGAUGCAGCCGAUGCCGAGGCAGCAGCAGCCGCCGCCGCCGCCGUGGAUUCCUCUUCCGCCAUCAAGUUUGAGCAGCAGACGCAGCGGCAGUUGGAUGAUCACUACUACGAGCAUGACUGGCCGCUCUACCAGCAGCAGCAGCAGGAGCAGCAGGAACAGGAGCAGCAUCAUCAGAUUGUGGAUGAGAGCGAGGUUCAGCUGGUGGCCAGCUACCCGGCGACGGCGACUGCUCCAGCAGCUCCGGCACGCGGCCGAAUCAGCCGGCUGAAGCCCAAGGAGGAGAGCAGCCAGUUCAUCGUGAUUUCCGACAAGCCGGCGGGCAGCGAGUUGAGGCAGUACAUGGACCCUGAGCCGACUCAGCCUAUGGUCGUCACCACGUCGCAGGCAAUUGCCGUUGACCCGCCUCCUCCUCCUCCUCCUCAGCCAAACUUUCCGGUGCUGGACGAGAGCAAACCCUUUGUUUGCCAGCAGUGCGGCCUGGCCUUUGCGCGGGAAAAGGCACUCGUCUCGCACACGAAGAACCACCGCGUGGACUCGCCGUUCGAGUGCAACCAGUGCCAGGAGAUGUUCUGGGACAACAACAGCCUGCAGGAGCACCAGAAGACGCAUCAGUUCGAGGAGAGCAACUCGGAGUACGAUCCCGCCUCGGCAGAGGAUAGCGCCAGUGAAUCGGAGCCCGAGGAGCAGCUGUAUGGCGAAUUCUAUUGCAACGAGUGCGGGAUCUCUUUCCAUCGCCAGGAUCUUUUGCGACGCCAUGCCAAACUGCACUACAAGCAAACCGAUCAGGCGGCCGCAGAAAGUAAUUCCGAUGUCACUGCUGGCGGUGAUGUGGAGCUUGCCAAAGAUUCUGCGGGUCACUCCUGCAACACAUGCGGAAAGUCCUUUCCCAGCGCUUUGGAGAUGCUCGCCCAUGCUGAAAUUCACGCUCGAUUCCCGCCCUUCAAAUGCGUCCUUUGUGGAAUUAGCUUUUACGAGGAGCAGGCAAUCAAGCGGCACCUGCACACCCGCCACCCCAGUGAACUGAAGGCCAACUCGUGUGUGCUGUGCGGCAAGGAGUGCCGCGAUCGCAAGGCUCUGAUUAAGCACGCCUGGGACCAUUCGCGCGAGAAGUGCCACUCGUGCUCGAAAUGCGGCAAGAACUUCCACAACAAGGCGCGCCUGAAGCGGCACAUGGCCUCGCAUCGCGACAAAUCGGUGGUGUGCGAGGUGUGCCAGGAGGAAUUCCCCGACGGAAGGACUCUCUCCAACCACCGGCACUCGCACAGCACCACCUCGCCGGGCAAACUGUUUCCCUGCCACGAGUGCGGCAAAACCUUUGGAUCGCGUAGCUCCCAGCAGAUCCACGUUCGCAUUCACACCGGAGAGCGUCCAUAUGGCUGCCGCUACUGCUGGAAGGCCUUCGCCGAUGGCGGAACGCUGCGCAAGCACGAGCGGAUCCACACGGGCGAGAAGCCAUACGCUUGUUCCGUCUGUCCACGUGCCUUUAAUCAACGGGUAGUGCUGCGCGAACACAUUCGCUCCCAUCAUUCUGGGCUGGAUGUGGCGCGAAAUACGUACCACUGCACGGUCUGCUCCGAGGACCUGGCCUCGUCCAACGACCUCAUCCAGCACCUCAUCCAGCACAGUGACUCGAACACCGCCAAACAGCGACAGCCCAUUACGGGGCCGCGCAAGUACAAGCGUCGACGAAAACUGCAGCCGCACGAGAUUGCUCACAUGCGGGCGGAGCACAAGGAGGCCAACGGUGAAGAGGAGGAGACAAUCCUAGAGGGCGAUGCCGAGGAAUAUGGCAGUGACAUCGACCUCUGCGACUUUGAUGUGGAGAAUGUGGACGAUCUGUUCGACAUGGCCGAGUCGCCCAAAAAGGAGAAGCGAAAGAGGGGUUCGGCAGCCCCGAAGGCUGAUCCCAAACCAGUGGCCAAUGGCAAAGCGUCGAAAGCUGCCCACGAAAAGAACAAGGCCAAGCCGAGAUACGAUUCCACCAGCAGCCAGCAAUCGGAUCGCAUCUGGGAGGAGAAGUUUCUGCACGACAGCCAAGUGGCUCUGUUUCAGAUCGAUUCGCUGGUGGUGGUCAAUGAUACUCAUCUGCAGCCCGCUACCUCCGCUGUGUCUUCAAGCGUGCCCAACACAAGAGGCGGGGCCAAGCAGCAGCAGGCAAAACUGCAGGCAAAGCCUUCAGACGCAACUGCGACAUCUGUUUCCACAUCCUCCGCCUCCACUUCCACUUCCAGCAGUCGCAGCCGGAAGAAGGCAGCCACCAACAACAAGACUGUCAGCAAGGCACCACCGGCCAGCAACUCGCGGCCCCGAAUGAUUCACACAGAGAAGGCCAAGGUGCCAAGGGCUGCUGGCGGUGACUCCUCCAGCAGUGCGGCCAAAAAGUCGCGCACCAAGACCUACAUCAGUCGCACGGAGACCAGCAAAUUGGGCCUGGACAAGUCCCGCAGCAGUGCCUCAAACAUGGUGGAUGACUAUGAGAUCAUUUCUCCAGCCACCCAUCCUCCGAAUCAGAUCAGCUCCAGUCCCUUGCAUAUUAAACAAGAGCAGGAGCAACAGCAGCGGGUCCAGCUGAUGUACGAUGAUAAUCUACUGAUAGACGCUGGUUUGCUCAGGGAGAAGACGUACGAGAAAUUCAAUCCGAGCAUUGUCAACGAUCUGGAGGAGAUUUUGCGCUCGCCGCUGAAGCACGAGAGGAAUUCCCGUCUGCGCUUCACCAGCGAAUCCUCGACCACGCCACAGUUUUUGCCCGAGGAAGAGCAAAAUCUGAUCAAGAUCGAGCCAACGUCUCCGGAUUUACGGGAGAUGGUGGAGAGCCAGCAAAGAGUCACGGCGCAUGGCGGGAGCACUCCUUCGUCCUCUUCCUCUGCCAGAACUUCCAGACAUCUGCGACAGAUCACUGCCAACGGUGCACGGGCAGGGAGCAAGAGAUCUGCAGCAGGAGUGGCCAGCAAGUCGUCACCAGCCCCGGCUGUAGCUGCAAAAAAGGGAAAUACUGCCACCAAGGUCAGCAGCAGCAGCAGCUCUUCCUCGUACCUUAAUUACGGUGUGGAUUCCUACAACGUUAACCAGCGCCAGCUGGCCAGCAAUGUCGAUUUGGGGGGCGGAUUCUUUUCCAUCUCGGAGGUCGUGUCCGCAGCAGAUGCCGCGGAUGCGGCGGCCAAGGCGGCGGCUGCUGGUAAAUCGGAGCGCAAAUCCCGCAGCUUCGAGUGCGAAAUGUGCUCGGCCAUCUUUUAUGAUCGCGCCCAACUGCUGGAACAUGUACACAUCCACAUUUAAACGAAAGCUACCUUAACCACUCGCCCGAAGACUUGUAUUUUUGAAAAAAAACAAAAGAAAAAACUUAUCCUAACAUACAACUAAAAUCGGAGUAAAUUACCUCAUGGUAUCGAGCAUCGAAAAAUAUCGUUGAUUUAUGCGUUAUUUAAAAACUUGAACAUAAAUAUAUUGUAGAGAGCAUAGUUCGUAAGGCUUUUAAGUUUGUACCUCAGCUUUUGUUUUGAAGAAUUGGUAUGCUGGAAUAAAUACAUCAUUAAAUGGUU